AUGACCACCAUAACGAAGAUUGGAAUCCAGGGGAUUCGGAGCUUCGACCAUGAGACGAUGGAGAUCAUCGAGUUUGAGCGCCCCGUCACGCUGAUCGUCGGCCCCAAUGGCUCGGGCAAGACGACCAUCAUCGAGUGCCUCAAGAUGGCCUCCGCGGGCCUGCUGCCGCCCGGCGCGCGCAACGGCCACGGCUUCGUGCACGACCCGCAGGUGGCCCGGCUGCCGGAAGUGAAGGGCCAGAUCAAGAUGCUCUUCCCCCGGGAGGAGGAACCAGCGCAGCGGACAGGGAGGUCUGCGCCACCCGCUCCUUUCAGCUCACGAACAAGCGCGUGGGCGGGCGCCUGCGGCCGCAGUACAAGGCGCUGGAGAGCGUGCUGA